AUGAACGUACACACAGACAGGCUUGUCACUCUCAUAUCUCAGCUACAGUAUGAGCUUGACUCAACAAAAAGAAAGCUUCAGUCAGAAAAAGAAGAAAAAGAAAAGGCAUUAACAAGAUUGAGUUUUAUAGCUGGAUCUAAGCUUACUCAUAAUAAUCCAGCAAUCUCUGACCUAUCUGAUGAAAACAGACCUCAGAAAAUUGGUGAAAAGUUCAAUGAACUAUAUGACAAUCAAUGGACAGAUUCAAUAGACAUUCUCUCUGAAAGCAUGGAUGAGAAAGAAGCGGUUCUUAAAAUUCGAGCAGUACUUGAGUAUGUUUACCAGAAAACAAAACGUGCUUCUGAGGACCAGUAUCGAAGCUUACAAAACGCACUGUUCCAGAGAGACUUAAGGAAUUCGGAGACAAAGAAUUUCAUUGCAAUUUACAAGAAAAUUAGUGAACUACAGAAGGACGUGUCCGAGUUGUCAAUUAAAAAUGCAAAGCAGUUUUUAAGAGAGGAUCCAGACUUUAUGCUGCCAUUUGAAAUUGUCAUGAAUUGUUGUGAGUCAUUCGUGGACAUGUGUAUAGAACUUUGUUGGAUGAUGCAUGUCCAGGAUCCGCCAAUGGUUUUAGAUUUUGGUUCAUCGGAAAUAGUAGACAAAAACAUGUUUAGACUUUUUACUAGAAGUGGUGAGAUUGUUGAUUUUGUUGUGUGGCCUGCUGUCCUUCUGCACGAAAACGGACCUCUUGUUCAGAAGGGUGUUGUCCAACCCAAGAAAACGUCAAAACAAAGAUAGUUUUUGUUGAUAUUGCAAAGUUAUUUUUAAGUAAAAUCAUGUGCCAAAAACUGUUUAUACAACCUUUUAGUUAUUUGAAUAGUUUUAA